AACAAAAUUGCUUCCACAAUGACGGUGACGCGGGUUGCGGAGUCCCGCACAGAGUUCAAAUUGAAGAGUCUUCCUGAGGACGCUAUAUCAAGUGUAAAAUUCGCACCGAAAUCUAAUCAAUUUCUGCUUGUAUCGUCGUGGGAUUGUUCUGUGAGACUUUACGAUGUAACGGCGAAUACAGAAAGACACAAAUACACUCACGAAUUGCCUGUUCUCGAUGUUUGUUUUAGGGAUGCAGUCCACUCUUACAGUGGUGGUCUUGACCAGACCCUGAAGAUGUAUGACUUGAAUGCAGGUACGGAGACAGUCCUCGGAGAACAUAAAGGCGAGAUCCGCUGUGUUGAGUUCACCAAUGAAGUGAAUGCAGUCCUGACUGGAAGCUGGGAUGGAACUGUUAAAAUGUGGGACAGCCGGGUGCCAAAUUGUGUCGGUACUUAUAACCAGGGCAAUGAGAGGGUAUACACAAUGAGCAUAGUUGGAGAAAAGUUUGUAGUGGGCACAUCUGGCCGCAAGAUCUUUGUAUGGGAUGUUCGCAACAUGGGUCACGUGAACCAGCGUCGGGAAUCUUCACUCAAAUACCAGACGCGUUGCAUCCGCGUGUUCCCUAAUAAGCAGGGAUAUGUCCUUAGUUCUAUUGAGGGACGAGUGGCUGUAGAGUACCUCGAUAGUAACCCUGAGGUGCAGAAGAAGAAAUAUGCUUUUAAAUGCCAUAGAAUUAAAGAUGGAGGUCUCGAGAAGAUCUAUCCGGUAAACGCAAUCAGCUUUCACUCCGUGUACAACACGUUCGCGACGGGUGGCUCGGACGGAUACGUCAACAUAUGGGACGGAUUCAACAAGAAACGCCUAUGCCAGUUCCAUAGGUAUAACACCGCGGUGUCGGCGUUGAGCUUCUCGCACGACGGCUCAGCGCUGGCCAUCGCCUGCUCGCAGCUCGACGAGACGCAAAUCGAGGACCCGAAGCCCGAAGACACUAUCUACAUUCGCUACGUCACCGACCAGGAGACUAAACCCAAAUGAUCUGGUACACAUUGGCUUAAUUGAUAACUCGCCCAAGAACAGUUUGAAUUGUUGCGAAUUAUGCGUGUAAGUUUCGAUUAUUGGAACACCAAAUAACAAACGCUCUCAUAAACCGCCUCAUGUUUCCAGUGCUCCAAACAAAUUUAUAAAAUAUUCUUCCGCACGUGAUGUACAAUGGCACCCUGGCGCCCUCUAGUAGGCACGCGAUCAAAAUAUAGUACUUACAGUAAUAUUUUCCCCGGUGACCGGAAAUUCGGGUGCAAAUGGUGAAAUUAUAAAUGUUCCGAAGCAAUAUCUUAUAUAAUAAUAUUCGCCGCACAUCAAACACUAUAGGUAAAGCCGGCACUACAUUGAUAUGAUCUCGGCUUCAGUGCCUCUACCAUGAGACCACAGUGACAGUUAUCCCUAGCGACCGCGUAAAAUGUUUGUAUACAAAGAGUUAUUUCUUCAGGUGACCGCUAGGGGCGUUGUAUAAUUUGUCAUAUAAAAUUGAGAAGUAAUUUACGCGGUCGUUAGAGACAACUGUGCUAGUCUAAACAUAUAUAUUUCUGCUAAGCGGAAAACUCGACACUGGCGAAAUCUUAAAAAGAAGGAACCAUUGAGCAACACGAAGAAGAAGAAGAGACAACUGUCACAAUCGCAGAACAAUAAAUACAGUAGAAGUGGCUAGUCCGACCGCUGACGCGUGCCAACUAUAGGUCUCGAAAGACCUAUCUGAGUUCAGUCCGCCAUUUUCGCUUUGUAUGGCAUGGUUGUGACAUACAAAUGGUGUAAAUUACUAAAAUCCUAGAAAAAUGCCUUAUUGUGCUGUUUUGGAGUGCAAAAAUUAUAGCCGCACCAAAAAUAUUAGCCUCGAAAGUCUUAUUUUAACAAAUUUUCAAUUUACCGAAAUAAUUCGUUACUAGAAACGAAAGUAAAGCUUAUACCCCUGUAAUAUGGUCACUUCUUGUUCGGAGAACUAAACUAAUAACUCCAAUACAUUGUCGUUGAGCAAUUAAACGCUAGAUGACAGCACAUUGAUUGAAAUUUCAAUAUAAUAUCAAAACGUCGUGACUUGUAAUAAUAAGUAUUGAUGGUAUUGCACUUACAACUAUACGCCAACAGAGUGAAGUUUAAAUUAUAUUAACAAUCCAGAAUUUGCUUUUUUUUUUUGAAUUUGAAGCUACGACAAAUCAAUAUCAAGAUUUUGUAGUGUUUCAAAUUUUCUG